UCCCCACAGGUGACUGAUCUAUGAAAUGGCAGAGAAUGGCACAGACUGUGACCAGAGACGCAUCGGAAUGAGCAAAGAGCAGCACAAUGGCAACUUCACAGAUUCCUCUAUGCUGAACGAACGGAAGCGAAGGGAGCGAGAGGAGAGGUUGAAUGUUGUCCUGUGGAAACAACCCCUUGUUACCUUGCACUAUUUUUGCCUGGAAACUCUAAUAAGCUUGAAGGAAUGGACCAUAAAAUUGUGGCAUCGGAGAAGCAUCUUGGUGUGUGUUUUACUGGCACUGGCAGCACUCACAGCCACCUACUACAUCGAAGGAGCACAUCAACAGUAUGUGAAGUACAUGGAGAAGAAGUUGUUCUGGUGUGCCUACUGGGUGGGAUUGGGCAUUCUGUCCUCUGUUGGACUUGGAACAGGUCUCCACACCUUUCUGCUCUAUUUGGGUCCACACAUAGCAUCAGUGACUCUUGCUGCGUAUGAAUGUAACUCAGUGAACUUUCCUGAGCCUCCUUACCCAGACCAGAUCAUCUGCCCUGAUGAGGGGAUGGCUGAAGGCUCCAUCUCCUUGUGGACUAUCAUCUCCAAAGUCAGGCUGGAGGCCUGCAUGUGGGGUGCUGGGACAGCCAUUGGGGAGCUGCCUCCAUACUUCAUGGCGAGGGCAGCCAGACUCUCUGGUGCUGAACCUGAUGAUGAGGAGUACCAGGAAUUCGAGGAGAUGCUGGAACGUGCAGAGGCUGCACAAGACUUUGCCUCCCGAGCCAAACUGGCUGUGCAGAACCUGGUGCAGAGGGUUGGAUUCUUUGGGAUUUUGGCCUGUGCCUCGAUCCCCAACCCUCUGUUUGACCUGGCUGGGAUAACAUGUGGGCACUUCCUGGUUCCCUUCUGGACCUUCUUCGGUGCCACCUUGAUUGGGAAAGCAGUAAUUAAAAUGCACAUCCAGAAACUUUUUGUCAUUAUCACGUUCAGCAAACACAUAGUGGAGCAGAUGGUGUCCCUCAUCGGUGCUAUUCCAAGUAUAGGUCCUUCUCUUCAGAAGCCAUUUCAAGAGUAUUUGGAAGCUCAGAGGAUAAAACUUCACCACAAAUCUGACAGUGCAGUACCACAGGGGGAAAACUGGCUCUCCUGGAUGUUUGAGAAAUUGGUGAUUGUGAUGGUUUGUUAUUUUAUCUUGUCUAUAAUCAACUCCAUGGCCCAGAGCUAUGCCAAGCGGCUGCAGCAGAAGAUGUACUCAGAAGAGAAAACCAAAUGA